AAAAAAGAAGAAGAUAAAACCUUUGCAUUUCAACAACAUACUUUCAUCCUUCAAUUCAUCCCAAACAAUAAUUUUGAUCUCUCCAUUCACACCCAAUUCCAAUGGCAAUGGUUCCUCAAACCCAAACGCUUCACUUUAUUUUGCUCCCUCACUUGUCCCAUGGCCACCUGAUCCCCAUGACAGACAUAGCCAAGCUACUAGCCCAGCACGGUGUGACCGUGACCAUGAUCACCACUCCCCUCAAUGCCGCACUCAGUAAACCAAUCAUAGAUCGGGCCAUUGAAUCUGGGCUUCAAAUCCAGCUUCUACAAGUCCAAUUUCCAUGCACUGACGUUGGAUUGCCUGAAGGGUGUGAAAGCAUGGAUGCCCUUCCCUCCAAGGACAUGUUCAGAAAUCUCCUUAUAGGCAUUAGCAAGCUACAACAACCGGUGGAACAAAUUUUGGCUGAGCUAAAUCCUCGUCCAAGUUGCAUAAUUUCUGACAAAAAUUUUGCCUGGGCUGAGCGCACCGCUCUUAAGUUUCAGAUUCCAAGGUUUGUUUUUGACGGUACAAGCUGUUUUUCUCUCUUGUGCACACACAAUAUUAUCGUAUCUAAGAUUUGUGAUAGUGUGGGUGAGUUGGAACCGUUUGUAAUCCCUGGUUUGCCCGAUAGGAUUGAAAUUACUAAAGCUCAAUUACCAAAUGCUGUCAAUAUAGUCCCAUCUAACACAACGGAUAUUCGUAAUGAAAUUAGAGAGGCUGAACUAACAGCAUUUGGGGUGAUAGUUAACACGUUCGAGGAAUUAGAACCAGCAUACAUUAGAGAAUUUCGAAAAGUUAGAGGAGAGAAAGUUUGGUGCAUUGGACCAGUGUCAUUGACCAACCAAGACAACUUGGAUAAGGUUGCUAGAGGCAACAAGGCCUCAAUUGAUGAAAGCCAAUGUUUGAAGUGGCUUGAUUCAUGGAAACCAAGUUCUGUUGUUUAUGUUUGUCUUGGAAGUCUCGGUCGCUCAUCAUCUGCACAAUUGAUAGAGCUUGGUUUAGGCUUAGAAGCAUCGAACCAACCUUUCAUUUGGACUAUAAGAGGAGGUGACAAACUAGAAGAACUUGAGAAAUGGAUAUUAGAAGAAAAUUUUGAGGAUAGGAUCAGAGGGAGAGGCCUUUUGAUUAGGGGUUGGGCUCCACAAUUGUUAAUUUUUUCACACCCGGCGAUUGGAGGGUUCUUAACUCAUUGUGGUUGGAAUUCAACUCUAGAAGGGAUAUGUGCUGGCUUGCCAAUGAUAACUUGGCCGCUGUUUGCUGAGCAGUUUUAUAACGAAAAGCUUAUUGUACAAGUGUUGAAGAUUGGUGUGAGUUUAGGGGCUGAGUUUGCUGUACCGUGGGCAGAGGAAGAGAAGUUUGGGGUGGCGCUGAAGAGGGAAGAAUUUAAAAGGGCUAUAAAUCAGGUGAUGGAAGAAGGAGAGGCAGCACAAGAAAGAAGAAAGAGAGCUAGAGAGCUUGGGGAGAUGGCCAAGACAGCAAUUGAGGGAUCUUCCUAUCUCAACAUCAAACUCUUGAUCCAAGAUGUCAUGCAACAAGUGGUGGGCAAAUUAAUAUAAGAUCAUUUCGGCUGAUGCGUGUGGAGUAUCACUUACAGUUGUUUAAUUAAGUUAAGAGUCUUGUAACUUUGGUCUGGUUUCUCAAAAAAAAAUAAAAAAAAAAAAAGAAGAAGAAGGAGUCUUGUAACUUAACUGAUAGUUUGAUACAUAUUAAUGUUUUUACAAUUCAAAUCCUCUCUCCUUCAAUUAUCGAAUUAUAAAUAAAUAAAGUCUUUUCAUUGGAAUCCUUA